UCAUGGGAGAGAGACUCGGGGACGGUUUAUUUACACCCGAAGAGGCCGUGUAAGUUUAGAGGGAAGCCGCUGCGUGUGUCUCCCCCUUUACUUUCACCGACCCCCUCCUCCUCCGCUGGCAGAAAUUUAUAAAGAACAAAAAAUCCGACGAGGGAGGGAGGGGGGUUGAUAUACGCCGAGGCUGAAAUCGAGAGGCGAACCCAGGGAAAGAGGAGUAAUUUGUACUCGGGACUUUCCCCCUCUUAGUCCCCCAAAAGGAGGGGGAAAAGUCGCAAUAUUGGAAACGAAAAGGAAUGAGCUUCUAAGGGCGUGAAAACGUCUGCAAUUGUGGAUACUUUAUAUAUUUUUAUUUCGAAAAAAUAUGGCCGAGAACGUUCUGGACUCUGGCCCGCCUUCAGCCAAGAGGCCUAAACUCUCCUCUCCGGCACUUUCCGCCUCCGCCAGCGAUGGAAAUGAUUUCGGCUCACUGUUUGACUUGGAGCAUGAUCUCCCAGACGAGCUCAUCAGCUCUAAUGACCCAAGCCUGGUCAAUGGUGGGGACCUCAACCAGCUACACACCACUCUUGGAGGAGGACCUGCAGGUCUGGGUCCUGGAGGAGGAAGUGGAGGAGCAGGAGGAAUGGGUCUUGGACUUGGCCCCGGAGGGGGUCCUGGGGGUGUUGGUGGAGGCCAGGAUGCGGUGGCCAAGCACAAACAACUGUCCGAGCUUUUGCGUUCAGGGGCACCCACUGCAACCCAACAAGGGCACCAAGGAGCCAUGGGCAGCCCAGGAGGCCCCAAUGCCAAGGGGCAACACUUGGUGAACAUAAAAGCAUCCCCUGGCCAGGGACCUCAGCAAAUGAUGGGUCAGGGGCAGCAACAGCACCUCUCCCCUCAACAGCAGGCCAGCAUGAUGCAGCAGCAACAGAAUGCUGCAGCAGGAAUGAUGGGUGGCAUGAACAGGGCAAUGAUGGGAGCACAGCAGAAAGGCAAUAACGGACAGCAGCAGCCCGGAAUGAUGGGGAACCAGGUGAUGAAUGGCUCCACCAGGAUGAGCUUUGGGAAUCAGGGGAUGGGUGGCAACAGCAACCUGUUGGCUGAGACCCUACAACAGCAGGGUGCUGGGGGCCAGGCUGGGAUGAGAGGCCAGCAACCUGGAGCAAUGAACAAGAUGGGCAUGAUGGGGAACCCAGGGGGCCCUUUUGGAGGUCCGUAUGCAGGGCAGGGGAAUCAAGGUCUGGGAGGCGCAGGGCUGGGCCCUCAGCUCCAGAACAAAGGCCCCAUGUCCAACAGCCUGGCCCAGUUCAAUGUGGACAAGAAGAACCAACCCAUGCAAGGAAUGGCUGCUAUGGGCUCCCAGCAGUCACAGACAGGGGUGGGCGGUCCCUCUGGCACACCUGUGGGAGGGGCCCCAGGGAUGGUGCCCAAUGCUCAGGCAGGUCUAGUGGGUCCUGGUACCCAGGUUUCUGCAGCAUCAGCUGCAGCUGGCGCCCCACCCACCGCUGACCCUGAAAAGCGCAAGCUAAUCCAGCAGCAACUGGUACUCCUGCUUCACGCACACAAGUGCCAGCGAAGGGAACAGGCCAACGGUGAAGUCCGGCAGUGCAACCUGCCCCACUGCCGCACUAUGAAGAACGUUCUCAACCACAUGACUCACUGCCAGGCUGGCAAGUCCUGUCAGGUUGCUCACUGUGCAUCAUCAAGGCAGAUCAUCUCUCAUUGGAAGAACUGCACGCGGCAUGACUGUCCUGUCUGCCUGCCACUGAAGAACGCUGGGGACAAGAGGAACCCGCAGUGUGAGUCUCUACUUGGUGGGGCCGGUGCAGGUCUGGGCAGCUCUCUUGGAGCCGUACCUGGCGGCCAACCCAGCGCUCCCAACCUCAACCCACCGAGCCAGAUUGACCCCAGCUCCAUAGAAAGGGCCUACGCAGCCCUGGGCCUCACUUACCAGGGCAACCAGAUCCAAGCUCAGACUCCACAACCCAAUAUGCCCAACCAAGGCCUGCAAGGACAGGCUGGCAUGAGACCUCUGAAUCCCAUGGGUGGAAAUCCUAUGGGAGUCAAUGGAGGUGUGGGAGCUCCACCACAGAACCAACAAGCCAGUCUGCUACAGGAUACCAUGUUGCACCUGAAUGUGAACAACGCAGGUCUGAUGAAUGAUGCUGGUGGAGUCGGCUCCUUGCCCACGGCAGCCCCUCCCUCUGCCACAGGCAUGAGGAAAAGCUGGCAUGAAGACAUCACGCAGGACCUACGAAACCACUUGGUGCACAAACUGGUUCAGGCCAUUUUCCCAACUCCAGAUCCUGCUGCCCUUAAGGACCGUCGAAUGGAGAACCUGGUGGCCUAUGCCAGAAAAGUUGAGGGAGACAUGUAUGAGUCAGCCAACAGCAGAGCUGAGUACUAUCACCUGCUAGCAGAGAAGAUCUAUAAGAUCCAGAAGGAGCUGGAGGAGAAGAGGAGGACCCGGCUCCAGAAGCAGGGUCUGGGCCUCGGCCCUGCCGGCAUGGGUCAGCCCCCCACUGGACUGCCUCCAAACGGCCCCCUCCCUGACCCGUCUAUGGUGCGACCGGCUGGACCAAAUCAGAUGGUCAACAGGAUGCAAGGCCCAGGUAUGAAUCAGUUCAAUCAGAUUGGGAUGCAGUCUAUGGGCCAGAGGUCCACGCCGCCUCUCCCGAUGGGAGCAUCUGGCAAUCAGAUGGGAAUGGUUGGAUCCAGGAUGGGACAGCCCAAUGUUAACCAGAUACAGAACCAGUAUAUGUCCCAGGGACAGUUUCCUGGCUCAGGACCAGGUGUUGGUACGGCUCAGCCUGGGAUGGCCCAGCCUGGAGCACAGGCAGGCAUGGCACAGACACAGAUGGGCACUCCACCUUCUCUUCCAGUUGCUAGUCCUCUAGCACAGCCAGGAUCAGCUGGUGGUCCUAGUGGCGUCUCCACGGUUGGGCCAAUGGGUCCCCAGAGCGUGGGUGGCGGAGGUCCCAACUCAGCUGUCGGAGGACCUCCUUCCUCAAUGACUCCAUCUAACACAAACCAACAACCCAACUCCAUCCCUCAUUUGGGACCCAUGCGUGGCAGCUCACCCUCCCCUGCUCACAGCCGGUCCCCUACCCCUCACCAAACACCCCCGAGACUAGCAGGGUCCCAGACCCCACAGCCACACACCCCUAGUGCACCACAGCUGGCUCCACCUCCAGCCCCCCAGCAAAACCAGCUUGGCCAGGGCCCGGGCUCUAACAAGUCCCUCCAGCAGCAUCAUAUAGGGCCAGCUGGUUCGACCACUCCGUCUCAUCCCGGGCUGGCAUCCAGUUCAACGCCGCAUGGUGCUCAGCUGCCUCGCACUCCGUUGUCCCAAAAGGGUUCAUUUCCAGGGGACAAUCAGGCCCUGACUCCAGCCUCCGUCAGCAGCCUGGACACUUCCUCCCAGCAGCCACAGUCGAACGCGUCAGCCGCAAACCUCGACCCGAAGAUGGAGAUUAAGCAGCAGGAUGAGGAGGAGGAAAGUGAUGCCGGCAGCUGUUCCAAAGGAGGGAAGCUCAGCAACCUCAAGAUGGAGGAAAAGCCUGUGAAAUCAGAGCUGAAAAAGGAGGAGUGUUCUGGAGAGGGAGGUAAAGGUGUUCCCAUGGAUACAUCGACAACUGUGCCGACAUCCGGCGUGAAGACGGAAGACAGGAAACCGGAGAUGAAGAAGGAGGUGAAAGAGGAAGAGGAGACGUCAGAGGCAGCUGUAUCACAGGCUCCAGCGAAAAAGAAGAUUUUCAAGCCAGAGGAGCUCCGUCAGGCCCUGAUGCCUACACUCGAAUCUCUCUAUAGGCAAGAUCCGGAGUCUCUGCCCUUCAGAAUGCCUGUUGACCCACAACUGCUGUGCAUACCUGACUACUUUGACAUUGUGAAGAACCCCAUGGACUUAUCAACUAUCAAGCGAAAGCUGGACACUGGUCAGUACCAGGAUCCCUGGCAGUACGUGGAUGACAUUUGGCUGAUGUUCAACAACGCGUGGCUGUACAACCGCAAAACAUCCCGAGUGUACAAGUACUGCUCCAAGCUGGCCGAGGUUUUCGAGCAGGAGAUUGACCCCGUCAUGCAGAGCCUCGGCUACUGUUGUGGCAGGAAGUUGGAGUUCUCUCCUCAGACACUGUGCUGCUAUGGAAAGCAGCUAUGCACUAUUCCCAGAGACGCUGCUUACUUCAGCUACCAGAACAGGUACCACUUCUGUGAGAAGUGUUUCAACGAGAUCCAGGGAGAGACGGUUUCCCUGGGUGACGACCCCACCCAGCCACAGACAUCGAUAAACAAGGAUCAGUUUGAGAAGAAGAAGAAUGACACACUGGACCCUGAACUGCUUGUGGAAUGUAUGGACUGUGGGCGCAGGAUGCACCAGAUUUGUGUCCUGCACAAUGACACAAUCUGGCCGUCAGGUUUUGUGUGUGAUGGCUGCUUAAAGAAGACAAGUAAGACGAGGAAAGAGAACAAGUAUUCUGCCAAAAGGUUGCCCCAGACAAAGUUGGGCUGUUUCCUGGAGAUGAGGGUGAAUGACUUCUUGAAGCGUCAGAGCCACCCAGAGUCUGGGGAAGUCUCCAUUCGUGUCGUCCAUGUCUCCGAUAAAGUGGUGGAGGUUAAACCAGGCAUGAAGUCCAGAUUUGUGGACAGCGGAGAGAUGUCAGAGUCUUUCCCAUACAGGACAAAAGCCCUUUUUGCAUUUGAGGACAUUGAUGGUGCAGAUGUCUGUUUCUUUGGUAUGCAUGUUCAAGAGUACGGAUCUGACUGCCCUCAGCCCAACCAGAGGCGAGUUUACAUCUCCUACCUGGACAGUGUGCACUUCUUCAGGCCUCGCUGUCUGAGAACAGCAGUUUACCAUGAAAUCCUAAUCGGGUACUUGGAAUAUGUCAAGAAGUUGGGGUACACCACUGGCCACAUCUGGGCCUGCCCCCCUAGCGAAGGAGACGACUACAUCUUCCACUGUCACCCCGCAGAUCAGAAGAUCCCAAAGCCCAAACGCCUUCAGGAAUGGUACAAGAAGAUGUUAGACAAAGCAGUUGCAGAGCGGAUAGUGCACGACUACAAGGAUAUCUUCAAGCAGGCAACAGAGGAUCGCCUGACCAGUGCCAAGGAGCUGCCUUACUUUGAGGGUGACUUUUGGCCCAAUGUGCUGGAGGAGAGCAUCAAAGAGCUGGAGCAGGAGGAGGAGGAGAGGAAAAGGGAGGAGAACAGCACUUCCAAUGAGAGUAUUGAUGACACAAAGGGUGACAGUAAAAAUGCAAAGAAGAAGAACAACAAGAAGACGAGUAAGAACAAGAGCAGCCUGAGCCGAGCCAAUAAGAAGAAGCCAGGGAUGCCCAAUGUCUCCAAUGACCUUUCACAGAAACUCUAUGCCACUAUGGAAAAACACAAAGAGGUGUUCUUUGUGAUCCGGCUGAUCGCAGGCCCCAUGGCAAAUACCUUGCCCCCUAUUUCAGACCCGGAUCCCCUGAUGGCAUGUGACCUCAUGGACGGCCGCGAUGCUUUCCUGACACUGGCCCGGGACAAACACCUGGAGUUCAGCUCGCUGCGGAGGUCCAAGUGGAGCUCCAUGUGCAUGUUGGUUGAGUUGCAUAACCAAAGCCAGGACCGCUUUGUCUACACUUGUAAUGAGUGCAAGCACCAUGUGGAGACUCGUUUCCACUGUACAGUCUGUGAGGAUUACGACCUCUGCAUCACAUGUUACAACACUAAGGGCCAUGAGCACAAGAUGGAUAAGUUAGGCCUCGGUCUGGACGAUGAGAGCAGCAACCAGGCUGCCGCUACCACUCAGAGCCCUGGAGACUCUCGUCGCCUCAGCAUCCAGCGCUGCAUCCAGUCCCUCGUCCACGCCUGCCAGUGUCGAAACGCAAACUGCUCUCUGCCGUCCUGUCAGAAGAUGAAACGUGUCGUUCAGCACACAAAAGGCUGCAAAAGAAAAACCAACGGUGGCUGCCCCAUCUGCAAGCAGCUUAUUGCUCUGUGUUGCUACCAUGCUAAGCACUGUCAGGAGAACAAGUGCCCAGUCCCGUUCUGCCUAAACAUCAAGCACAAGCUCCGCCAACAGCAGCUGCAGCACAGGCUCCAGCAAGCCCAGAUGCUCAGAAGGAGGAUGGCCAGCAUGCAGAGAGUGGGCCAGCCUGCCCCUGGGGGAGCCCCUGGGGGCAACGGCCUGCCCUCUCCAGGAGCCAACAAUGGAGCAACUGGUCCUGGUACACCUACAUCUGUGGGUACGCAGCCUCCUACCCCCCAGACACCCACCCAGGGGAACAUGCCUGUACUUCCUCAGCAGCAAGUAGUUGGGAUGGGGCCUAUGGGAACUCCAGGCCAACAACAGCAGGUUCAGCAGCAAGGUGGUGCCAUGCCCCCUCAACACCAUCUCCAUCAGUUUCAGCCAGUUGGUGGAGGAGCUGGAGGGGGGAUGAUGAACUCUCCUCAGCAACAGAUGGUGCCCCAGCUCCAGCAGCAGCCUCCCAAUGUCCAGCAACUCCAGCAACAUCCUGGUGGUUUGCCUCCGUACAAUCCCAGACCACCUGGAGCCUCUCCUCUCCACCAGUCCCUGGGCAAACCUGGAUUGGGACCAGCCACCCCACCCCAGCAGCAGCAGCAGCAACAACACAACCAGGGCCAAGGGUCCAUGCCUGUACAAGGCCAACAGCAAGGUCCUCCUUUGGCUGCUGUAGAGACAGCCCUAAAAAUCCAGCGCCUGGCAGAGACCCAGAGACAGAUGGCUCAGGCCCAGGCCCAAGCCCAGAUCCGUGGCUUGGGACAAGGGAGCAUGAUACCCCCACAUCCUCACCACCAGAACACACAGGCCCAGAUGGGCAUGCCCCACAUUGGUGCACAGGGCAUGCCCCCCCAGGCUCCUCAGGGAGUUGUUGGCAGGACUAUGUUAGACCCACAGCAACAGGGAAUGCUAGCAGGGAUGCAGCAAGGUGGCCCUCAGUCGCAGUUGCCACCUCAAGUUCAGCAGCAACUCCAGCAAGUCCAGCAACCAGGUGGUGGACAGCUUCAGCCAACAAACCAGCAGUGGGGUCCUGGGGGACCAGCUAUGAACCCUCAACAGCGGCCAAGCAUGAUGGGUCACAUGGCACCACAGCAGCAGGCUGCAGCUGCUCAGCAACAGCAGCAGUCAAUCAAUCAGCAGCAACCUCAACCAGGAAACCGUGGGAUGAUGCAGGUAAUGGGCGUAUCAGGAGGGGCAGCAGGGGCACCUACUCCAAUAACAAGUGCAGCUGGAUCAGGAAACCUACCCCAGGCAGCACUACAAGACCUCCUGCGAACUCUUCGCUCUCCAAGCUCACCCCUUCAACAGCAGCAAGUCUUGAACAUCCUUCGCUCCAACCCAACGCUUAUGGCUGCCUUUAUCAGACAAAGAGCAGCCAGGUAUCAAGGUGCUCAGGGUGGUGCUGGAGGAGCAGGAGGACCUCCACAAGGGGGCCCCGGAGGUGUGCGGCCUGGGGUUAACCAGCUUGCUAACAUGGAUGGACAACAGCAGGUCAAUGUGAACCAGGCAGGGCAGCCAGGGAUGAACAUGGUUCAGGGCGGAGCAGGUGGAGGGAAUAUGCCCACCAUGGCUCAGCUUCAGCAGUUACAACAGCAGCAGCAACAACAGCGCCCAAUGUUGCCUGGGAAUUUACAGCAACAGCAGAUGGUUGCGUUGCAGCAGCAGCAGCAACAACAGCAACAGGGAGCAAUGCAAGCAGGGCAACAAGGCAACAUGAACAACAUAUCUACACAGUUCAGAGAGAUGCUGAUGAGACGACACCUGCAGCAGCAGCAGCAGCAACAACAACAGCAGCAGCAGCAGCAGCAGCAGCAGAUGGGAAACCACGGGCAGUUCCAGCAGCCUCAAGGACUCCAGCAGCAGCAAGGGCAGCAAGGGUUCAUGCAGCCUGGCCAGGGACAGCCCGGGAUACCCCCCUCUUCCCAACCUCAGCCAGGGGGUGGAGGUGUAGCGGGUCCCCAGCAGCAGCAGGGAGGACCCCAGGGUGGGCCGGGACAGCCAGGCCAGCAGCAGGGCUACACCAACUCCAUGUCACAAGCAACUGCAGCGCUCCACCAAAGGCUGCACAUGCAGAUGCAGCAGCAGCAGCAACAACAGCAGCAGCAGCAGCAGCAGAAUUCAAUGGGUGGACUUCAAGGACAAGAUGGAGGGCCUGGUGGAGGUGCUGGAGGACCAGGAGGACCUCCGCUUCAGCCUGGACAAGUUGGACCAGGGCAGGGACAACAACAGCAAGGUGUUGGUGGAGUUGGCACAGGGGGUGGUGGGCCGCCAAUGCAGCAGACGUCCCAAAGUAUGCUUCAUCAGAACAUCCACCAGAGGCUCCUGCAGCAACAACAUCUCGGCGGGGGUUCUCCAGCCCAACACAGCAGUCCCAUGAGUCCCCAACAGCAGAUGGCUCAGUCCCCGCACCAUCUCCAAGGACAAGGAGGGCUUGGUCCAGCAGGGUCACUUAGCAGUCAGGUCAGGUCACCUCAGCCCUCACCAAGACCACAGUCGCAGCCCCCGCACUCCAGCCCGUCCCCACGCAUGCAGCCCUCCUCCCAACCUCAGCCCCAGCCCUCACCCCAUCGCAUCUCUCCGCAGACCCAGACCGGCUCACCCCACCCAGGCCACUUAAGCCAACAUCACCCCAGUAUGGCGCCACCCCAACCUCCACAACCCCAGCAACAAGUGUUAUCUCAGCAGCAGCCAGGUGGUUCUGUAGAUCCUGUUCAGUUCAGCUCAGACCAGAACUCCAUCAUGUCCCAACUAAGUGGGAUGACAGGGAUGCACAGUGGACAGGGGGGACAGUCUGAGAUGUUGGGUGGGAAUAACAACGGCGGCAACAACAACCAGGAGCUGGGGACGAACAUUAACCACAACACUUUAGACCUUAUGUAGCCUCGACUCUACAUCCUCUCUCUGUCCUGAUGCUCUGAUGAGUUGCCCCAAACGACAAACUGCCAUGAAAGGAGAGCAGGGCGGGACUAAGGCUUUGGGGUUUUAGAAGUUUUUAUUUUUUAUUUAAUUAUUUUUGUGAUGUAUAAAUAAGAACUGAAGCUUCCUUCCUAUGGGAGAUGCAACAUAAAUCUUAGAAGUCAAUAAAUGAAUAAAUUAAAACAAUGGUAAGUUAUUGCUGUUAAUAUAUAUCUAUAUAUUUUUGCCAGUUGUGUACAAAAAAGGUGGAAGGGCAGUGUUUCAGGUUGAAGAUAUUUCUUCCUUAAGUCUAUGACAAUAUUUUUGGGGACUGAGAAUUUUGCCUUUUUAUGAAUAUUUUUAAGGUUUUAAAUGUGGCUAAAAAUUAAAGAGAGUUGGCACGAUGUACCUUUUUUAUUAUUUUGUUUUCCUCCUCAAAUACCCUGUUAUGAUUGUAUCUAUUUUGCAGAGAGUAAAAUUAUAUUUUAUUUCUGAAUUUAUUUUUUUUUUUCGCCCCUCAGUGGAUCAUAAAACAAGCAUCAACAUAUCUUCCGUUACAGUCUUCUUUCACAGAAAUGUCAAUUUUACAACAACUGCAACAAUUCACACAGAAAGAUUUUAUUUUAUUUGACGGGCAGGUGGAAGGGUGCGUUUAAAUGCAGUUUGAUUUUCACAGCUCUCUUUGUGUUUUUUCCUGUCAGGGUCUAUAGGUUUGAAUUAAACCUUUAACAGUGUUCUGGAGCGUGGGUGACGCUGACAGUGAGUUUGUUCAUAUUCUUCUGCAAACCGUGGCCACAUCUGCAGAGCAGAUAGUUCCUUUUACCCAUGGGCCACCUCUCCACCCUCUGUAUUCACUUCUCCUAUGAAUGUGUACACCUGACUUACCCUGACCCCUGACCUCCCCUCCCUCAAAAAAGGAGGGAUGAACUGUUGAUGUCUGAUCAUCUAGCUGGAGGCGUACUGUACCUCUGUUUUUAGCUGGCCAAUGUUAAAAAGGUUGUGCGUGUACAUAUAUUAAAACCUUGUUUAUGAACUGUGACGUGGAGAAGAGGUCGAUAAUGUUGUUAAUAAUGUUGGGCUGCAGACGUUUAUGAAAAUCCUGCCUGUAUCCUCAACCCCGUUGAUUUCCUUUCUGUUCCUUCUCCUUAUGACAGCCACAAGGUUUGAGUCAAUGUUAGUACUGUACAAAGUAAGAAAUGGUGAACUUAGAUACUGUUUUUUUUUGUAACAAAUUAAAGGUGUAAAAAAAAGAAAAAAACUGUACAUACUUUAAAACCUUAUGAGCAGAGAAGUUAUUUUCUGCUGCUUUGUUUUUCCUCUUGUUUGAUUGGAUAUUUGCUGUAUCUCUAAAAAACAAAAA